UUAGGAUCUAGAGCAAGAUUUCCAACCCACCAUUUCACCGGCACCUCAUGCUAUUGUUUAUAUUUAGCCAUAAACAAAAGUAAAAAAAUAAAUAGAUAGAAUAAAAAUUAUUGUAAACUCUAUUAUUUAUAGCCAAACCAGUUCAGCCCACUUUAAUAGGACCCAAACCAAACUGGACCAACAGCCUUUUCAGCCUGUUUCAAUCCAAACCAAUACAGCCCAAAAGUAAAACCAAACCAAAAAACCCGGUUUUAACCCAAACCUUUAAGCAAGGGUGGUACAUCUUAGAUGUAAAGCUAAAUUGUAGAGCAGUUCAUGUGCAAUUUUUUAUGAUUUUAGAGAACUCAUCUACUAUAGUUUAACCUUGAACUAAUUUUGGGGUGGUUCAUGGACCACAAAUGUUCACCUAGCUAGCUCUGCCUAUAAUGGGUAGGCGUGUAACCAUAACAUAUAUCACCACGAUCCUAAAUUUUCUCUUUUUCCAAAGCAACCCAUGUGAGGGCACAUACCAAACUCCAAACCUAACCUUCGCAGGAGUCCAUGGAUAAUAAUGCAUUGCAAGAUGCACCCUGGAUCAUAUGCACACUUCCCACCAUUUUUCAGAUAACCCUGAUUCUGCGCCUGCUUCUCCUAACCAAUAUUCAUCUGCUUCCACGCAAUUGAUCAUUAACAGCUGCAGCAUCUACCAUGAACGAGAGCUCAGCCAGUCUUCUCCUCCUCACGUUGAUUCAUCUGCUUUCGCUUGUCACAGCCUAUGAUUUCCUGUCAGCGGCUUCUUCUCUCUCUGUAGAGCACAGCUCUGAUGUGCUCCACUCGCCAGAUAGCACUUUCACCUGCGGCUUCUACAGCAUCUCUCCCAAUGCCUCCACCUUCUCCAUCUGGUUCUCCAGAUCAUCCAAAAGAACCAUCAUCUGGAGUGCGAAUCCUCUCCACCCUGUGUACACCUGGGGAUCCAAAGUUGAGUUAGAUGUCGACGGGAGCAUGGUUCUAAAAGAUUACAAUGGCCAGAUUGUGUGGACCAACAAUGUGAGUGCUUCGGAUGCUGGACAUGAUGUUCGAGCUCGGCUAUUGGACACUGGGAACUUCAUUGUGACGGGCAAAGAUGGUGCCAUCCUGUGGCAAAGCUUUGAUUCUCCUACUGAUACCUUGCUACCCACUCAGAUAAUUACUGCUCCUACAAAGCUGGUCUCUACUAACAGGUUACUUGUUCCUGGCCACUACAGCUUCCAUUUUGACGAUCAGUACCUUCUUUCUCUGUUUGAUGACGAGAAAAAUAUUUCUUUUAUCUAUUGGCCAAAUCCAAGUAGGACUAUCUGGGAGAAGCUUAGAGUGCCAUUCAAUAGCAGUACAUCUGGGGCUUUUGAUACCUGGGGACAUUUCCUUGGAAGUGACAAUACAACCUUCACAGCUGCUGACUGGGGUCCUGGGAUCAUGAGGCGGCUAACACUGGAUUAUGAUGGCAACCUCAGAUUAUACAGUCUGAAUAUGGCAGACAGAUCAUGGUCAGUCACAUGGAUGGCAUUUCCUCAGCUCUGCAAAGUACGCGGUCUGUGUGGUGAAAACGGAAUAUGUGUGUAUACGCCUGUGCCAGCUUGUGCGUGUGCCCCUGGUUUUGAAGUCAUCGACCCAAGUGAGCGGACCAAAGGCUGCAGACCAAAGACCAAUAUCAGUUGUGAUGUGCAGAUGGUGAAAUUUGCUAAGCUACCCCACACUGAUUUCUUCGGGUAUGAUAUGACUGUCCAUCAUCCUGUUUCUCUUGAUUUUUGUAAGAACAAAUGCUUGAAUGAUUGCAACUGUAAGGGUUUUGCAUACUGGGAAGGAACUGGUGAUUGCUACCCAAAGUCUGUUCUUCUUGGUGGUGUAACCCUGCAUAACCUUGGUAGUACUGGUACCAUGUACAUCAAGAUUCCUAAGGGGUUAGAAGUGUUGGAGGCCUCAAUUCCGCAAUCACAACCUUUUGGUCCCAAGUAUGGUCCUGACUGUAGUACAACAAACAAAUACUUCAUAGCAGAUUUUCUGGAUAUGCUUAAGAGAGAUCAGAGUGAAUCAAAGUAUCUGUACUUCUAUGGAUUCUUAUCAGCAAUAUUUCUGGCAGAGCUAAUGUUUGUUGUAUUGGGAUGGUUUAUUUUGAGGAGGGAGUGCAGGGAAUUGAGAGGAGUAUGGCCAGCUGAGCCUGGAUAUGAAAUGAUAACUAAUCAUUUUCGCAGGUACACAUACAGAGAGUUGGUGUCGGUGACCAGAAAGUUUAAGGAUGAACUUGGAAGGGGUGCAUCAGGCAUUGUAUACAAAGGUGUCUUGAAAGACAACAGGACAGUAGCUGUGAAAAAGUUAGGAGAAAUAGACCAAAGUGAAGAAGAAUUCCAGCAUGAACUGAGUGUUAUUAGCAGGAUUUACCAUAUGAAUCUAGUCAGAGUUUGGGGAUUCUGUUCUGACGGCCCACACAGGAUAUUGGUUUCUGAAUGUUUUGAGAAUGGCUCAUUGGAUAAAAUCUUAUUUGGUAGCAAGGGUUCCAAAAUUAUACUUGGAUGGAAGCAAAGAUUUGAUAUUGCGGUAGGGGUGGCUAGAGGAUUGGCGUAUCUUCACCAUGAGUGUUCAGAGUGGGUCAUCCACUGCGACAUGAAGCCUGAAAACAUACUGCUGGAUGAGAACUUGGUGCCAAAGAUUGCAGACUUUGGCCUUGCGAAGCUCCUGAACAGAGGUGGAUCUAACAUAAAUGUUUCAAAGAUCCAAGGAACUAGAGGUUAUUUAGCACCUGAAUGGGUUUCUAGUCUCCCGAUUACAGCAAAGGUUGAUGUCUACAGCUUUGGAGUGGUGCUACUGGAACUAGUGUUGGGAGAACGUGUCUCAAACAUGGAAAAUAAUGAGGAUGUGGAAGCGGAGAUGGUCCUUGGAAGGGUAUCAAGGCUGCUCAAAGAAAAGUUGCAGUUAGAUGAUAUUGAGCUAUCAUGGAUCGCUGACUUCGUUGACGCUAGACUGAAUGGUGAAUUCAACAAUUUGCAAGCAAGAACAAUGAUGAGGUUGGCCAUUUCAUGCCUGGAGGAAGAUAGAGACAGAAGACCAACCAUGGAAAAUGUGGUUCAGAUACUUGUUUUGGUAGAAGAUGUCAGUGGCCCAAAUGUAAUGGCAAGAGUCAUCUAAAAGUCCGCGUCCAUAUGGUUCUUUUGUACUGGAGGGUCAUCAAAUACUUACAGAUAGAAGAAAAGAUGCGCCAAUUGUAACACAUCUGCAAUAUCCAUGCAAAGUUUUCUUGUAAUCUUGCAAGUUAAAUCAGCAGGAAAACAUUGUUACUGAAAUAGAAUCGAAUCUUAUGAAGAUUGUUCCAUCAGAGCGCAGAAACCUUUGCAGCUAACAAUUGUUAACAACCUUAAAAAUCUAAAAUGACAAUAACAACAACAGUGACUUUUUGUCCCAAGCAAGUUGGAGGUAGGCACAAAUAAUCGGCGGAUCAUAUUUGGGCUAGAGUGGAAGUUUCAGGCAUCACAGAUGAGCAAACAAAGAUGUAAGAAGACAGAAAAAGCAUCGCAUAUACAUAAACUAUUGGGGCUGGUUGUUGUGUUAGGCUGCUCGGUGGGAUCGGAAACAAUAGCCAGGGAAACAAACCAGUCUUAUGUUAUGUGUCCAACCAACAUAUGAUCGAUCAGGUGAAUAGUAUACAUUCUUUGCCACCAAUUUGGUUGGGGAGAUUACGAGGGCACAUCAAUCUAACAAGUAGAGCCCUUGUACACCUGCAAAGGGGGGAAAUGUAACUGCUGGUAUUCUUACCUGUGCGGUCCAAGUGGACCCUCUACCAAACUGAUGCGCCGUAGGGAGGCGCAGCGCGCGGCCAGCUGCUCCGGCCGUCCGGCGGCCCCGCCCUCUGUACGAAGCGCGACUGGGUGGCGGCAGCUGUACGACAGAGCGGCAAAGCUCACGAGUGGACAGUGAACGG